UACUAAGCACUGUAAAUAUUUUUUCUGAAGAAAGAGUUGAUCGAAAAACUACGGAAUUCUUCACUGAGCGUGGGCCGACAUGCUCUUGGCCGUUUUUUUAGAUAAAGGCCAGUGUUGAAUUUGGAUUGGUCACGAGCAUACGUUUUUGUUGAGAUCACAAGAUGGCGCCAGUGUUGUACAAGACCGAUGCCAGUCCCCCAGCGUGCGCGAUCAGGAUCCUCGCCGAAAUCAUCGGCUUGGACCUUGAACUGAAAGACGUCGACUUCAUGGCUUUGGGCCAUAAGUCUCCUGAGCACAUUAAGCUUAACCCAAUGGGCACCAUACCAACGCUUCAGGAUGGUGACUUCGUUAUUUCUGAAAGUCACGCUACCAUGAAGUAUCUGCUGUCUAAGUACGGCGGCGACAAGAGUGAGUCGCUGUACCCGAGCGAUCUGCGCACGCGCGCUAUAGUGGACCAGUGCCUGUUCUUCAACGUGGGAAUUUUCUUCAUCAGGCUUAAAGUUGUUGUUCUGCCAGCAGUUUUCGGGGACUCUGACGGUCCCACAGAGAAGCAGAAAGCGGACAUUGAUGAGGCAUACGGGAUGGUGGAAGCGUAUCUUGGCACUAAGAAGUAUAUUGCUGCUGACCACCUGACCAUUGCUGAUAUCAGCGUGGGAGCUACCACGGUCGCUAUGCAGCCUUUACAUAAACUUGAUCCAGUCAAGUUUCCCCGCACGGCAGCAUGGGUCUCUAGACUAGAAGAACACCCAUCGUUUAAAAAGAUUCUGCUUCCUGGUGCUGAAGUUCUACGUUUUGUUGUUAACGCGGCCUGGGAGAAAAAUAAGAAAUAAUUUUAUAAAAAUUAUACAGAUUUGUUAAAAUAAAAAAUGUGAUUUGAAUAUAAAAAA